AUGCCAUCAGAUAACGUAAAAUAUCGUUUACAAAGAAUCCAAACACUUAAUGGUGAGCAAGAAAUUAUUUUGAAACAAUUUUGGGCCUAUUUUUUGAAAUAUUUAGGUUAUGAAAUCAACAUAAAUGCCCAGGAUAUAGCUUAUAAACAAUGUUUUGUUGCUUCAACUUCAACUGCAAAUUUUGAUGAGUCUCAAGCUAUUUCAACAAAUGCUUUAUCAAAGUCAAACACAAGAGGUUCAAUUUCUUCAGGCAAAAGUUCCGCUUCAAAGAAGAAGAUGGGUUUAUUUGGCUCUAAAAAGUCAAGUGCAAGUGUUGCCAAUUCAGGCUCUGUUGGUACCGCUCAAGGCAGUCCCCCGGCCAAUUCGAAAAGAAUGAUGCAGAUUCAAACUCAAUCUUCUGCUGAAAGAUAUUCUCCUGUUGAUGUUCCAACUUUGGAGAUGUACGAGAUUUACGCUCAUCACUACAAGCUAGCUUUCGAAUAUGCUGACGAUUUUGAUGGUAGCACUUUAGUCAAUGGCAAUGGCAAUGCCAAUGCCAAUGCCAAUGCCAAUGGAUACUUUGCUGGCGAUGAUGACGCUUCUUCAUUUACGUCAAUGGAAACUUUUGUUACUGCCUCGACUACAUUGACUGAUUAUGACGAUUACCCAGCCCAUAUUUUCAACAAUGGCAAUAUCAAACAAAAUGGUAAAGCUUAUGGUGGAAGAAUCGGGUAUCCUCAACAUCAACAACACAACAAUAGCAAAAACUACAACCAACAGCAGUACAACAACCAACACCAACAAAAUGGAGGUUCGGCAAUUGAUCUCUUUCAAGCUAGUGUCAACAACCCUGUUAGAGUUAAUCCAGACAUUAGUCUUUUGCAUUCAUUUAGUCAAUAUAACCCAAAGGAGAUCCACCAAGCUUAUUUCAAAACUCUCCGUAAUGAUUUACCUGAUAAUUUAUUUCUCAAGUUUAUUAGAGCAAGAAAGUGGGAUACUGAGAAGGCUAUGGAUAUGUUGCUCAAAUCUUUGAAUUGGAGAGCAAAUGAGUUUCCAACUGAUGAUUGGGCUAUGGAAGGUGAUUCACCAUCUUAUUUGAGUGGUACUAAUCAAGGAUUUAUCAAGAAUUUCACAACUGAAAAAUCAUGGAUCAAAGGUAGAGAUAAGAAUAAUAAUCCAAUUUUCAUGUUUCAAGCUAAGAAACAUUUGACUGCUGAUUCUCCAUUACCUCAAAAUCAAAGGUAUGCAGUAGUCACAAUUGAAUGGGUUAGAUUAUUUUUAAGAGAGGUUAGUGAAUCAGUUGAUACUUGUACAAUUGUAUUUGACUUGACUGGUUUUUCAUUAAAGAAUGCCGAUUAUGCAACCAUUAAAUUCUUGGCUGAUGUUUUUGAAGCUCAUUAUCCAGAAACUUUGGGAUUUAUAUUAAUUCAUAAUGCACCAUGGAUUUUCUCUACUGUUUGGAAUAUUAUUAAGAACUGGUUAGAUCCGGUUGUUGCAUCCAAGAUCCAUUUCACCAAGGAUGCAAAGGAGUUGUCUAAAUUUAUUGAUCCAACCUUGAUUCCAGAUUAUUUGGGUGGUGAAGAUACAACAAGGGGAUACUAUCCAAUUCCAGAGCCAAAAGAUGAGUUUCCUCCAAAGAGAAAAGAUGCUGAAUAUUCCAGAUUAAGAAGAGAAAAAGAUUAUUUACUUACCAGAUUUUUUGAAACUACAAAAAGAUGGAUUGAAUCUACAAACCCUCAAGUUUCUGAUAGAUAUUUAAAAGACAAGAUUGAUUUAAAUAUUGCAUUAUCACGUAAUUAUAUUCAAUUAGAUCCAUACGUUAGGAUUCCAGGUAUUUACGAUAGAGAUCAUACAUUAGUUGUUGGGCAUUAA